AUGAAGUUCAAGCAAAACUGUAGAAUUUUCUUAUUACUGAUUUCAUUGGCAAUUACUUCCGAACUCGCAGGAGCAGCAGAAAGGGUUUUGCGAAAGAAACGAGAAAACUAUGGUCCUUUCGAAGGUGGUCCCGGAUACGGUCGUGCCAUCUUUCCUGCCUCCACUGCUAACCAUGGCAACAUGUGGGGUACCGGUAUAGGGACGAGCGUGAACCUUCGGCUUGGUGGUUAUAAUAAUGGAUUUUUGCUCAAUAAUAGUGUUGUGACUGUUUCCGAUAUGGUUUUGACUAUUUUGCAGGAAAAUUUUGGGAAAACGGCUAAAGCCUAUGUGAAACGCGUAGUUGACUUUCCAGCGAGUGAUCGUACGCUAUAG